AUGUCAUUCCCAAUGUGGAUUCGACACGUCGAGGUGGCGAUUUGCCCUCCGCCCGUCCACGCAUAUCAGUACCGCGUGGGGUGUGGUCGCUAUGAAGCUAAGCGCGCUUUCAUCGUCAACUGUCUGGGGGCAAUGCUGAGCGUAUGCGCCUGGAGCUACGUUUUCAUGGCCCUGGAAAUUUACCCCAGCUUCGCCCUGCCGUAUGAUUGGCCGAUCCGGUUCUUUGGCCACAUGAUGCCUCAGCUGCCCCGGAUCUUGUGCGGAUUUUCGGCAUUGUGGACGCUGAAGCCGUCGCUUGCCCAGCUGCAUCCACUCGCAUACGCUGUUGCCUCGGCCUACCGCUUCUUGAUCCUAUUCCUCCAUGGGCGCAAAUUCUGGCAUCUCCUCCCGGGCCUCGGCUUUGAGGGAUACUCCAUUUUCGCGCUGAUUUGCUGCUUGGCGAUGAUCAAUGCGCUGACGUGCGGCUCGGCGAUGCAUUGCUGGUACUCGCUGUACCGUUGGAUUCGGGAUCGCCAGUUGCGCCGCGAAAUGCUGGGCCCAGUGGGCAGCCAU